AGCCUAUCUUCUUGGAUGUCCAAUACGUGGAGUGAUCCUAGAGCCAUGGAAAGCUAUGCAGAUGGGCAUACAAGGACAGGUCUCCUUAUUGGCAACAAAUGGUUGAUGCCAUUACCAUAUGCGAGGCGGGGUUCAAAGCCCCUAGUGAGAGUGAUUUGAGGGGACCCAUUUUGUCUCAAAUGGUGGAUGAUGUGAAGAAGGAUUUAGAUGAACAAUGCCAGAUAUGGAGUACUAAAGGUUGCACCAUCAUGACUAAUGGUUGGACGGAUAGGAGAAAUAGAACUCUCCUUAAUUUUCUUGUUUCUUCCACAGGGGGCACCGUUUUCAUCAAGUCCAUUGAUGCCUCUUACCUAUGUGAGCAGAUAGAGGAGGUGAUUGAAGAUGUGGGUGAGGAGAACGUGGUACAGGUGGUGAUCGACAAUGCAACAAAUUAUGUUGCUGUGGGUAGACUAUUGAUGGAGAGGCACCCAUCUAUAGUUUGGACUCCAUGUGCUGCUCAUUGCAUUGACCUCAUGUUGGAGGAUAUUGGAAAAAUCCCAUGGGUCAAGAGAUGUGUAGAAAGGGCAAGAAAUGUUUGCAAAUUUGUAUAUAAUCAUUCAUGGGUGUUGGCUCUUAUGAGACAAUACACAGAGCAGAAGGAGUUAGCUCGUCCAGGAAUCACAAGAUUUGCCACAAACUUCCUCACAUUGCAGUCCAUGCUUAGGUCUAAGUCUGCCUUGAGACGUAUGAUUGUUGGUGAGGAGUGGUCUUCCUCAUCCUAUGCUACCACCCUUGCAGGGAAAGAUAUGGCAGACUGCAUUUUUGAUGAGCAAGGCUUUUGGGUCCCUUGUGAUGAGAUAGUGAAGCCCUUGGUGGUUUUGUUGCGAGUUGUGGAUGGAGAUAAGCCCACAAUGGGCUAUAUAAAUGAGGGCAUGGAUAGGGCGAAGGAGGCCAUCAGAUUCAUCUAUGGAGGAGAUGAGAGCAAGUAUGGUCCCAUUUGGGAGAUCAUUGAUAGGAGAUGGCAUCAUCAGCUUCAUAGGCCCAUCCAUGUGGCAACCUAUUAUCUGAAUCCGACAUUCCGUUUUAUCCCUUCUUUCAAGGCUGAUGUGGAGGUCCUUAAUGGGCUAUAUGAAAUCAUGGAGAAGAUGGGACCUGCUGGUACUUCUCAGAUAGACCUUUUUCGAGAGCUACAGUUGUUCUCAGAUGCACAAGGGGAGACCUUCUCUCGUCUUGUUGCCAAAGAUGGUAGGACAACUAUGAUGCCAGAUCAUUGGUGGAACUUUUUUGGCCUAGAGACACCAAAUAUUUAGAAGUUGGCCAUUCGCAUCUUGAGCCAACCAUGCAGCGCAUUAGGUUGUGAGCGCAAUUGGAGUAUGUUUGAGCACAUACACUCCAAGAGGC